CAUAUUCUGUAGAAUCAACACAAAGCUGCUUAUCCAACUGAAAAAAAAAAGUAACACGACUUUUUAAACUCGACAGAAGACAUAGAAAGAAGCAAAUAAAGCAAAAUAUUCAGAUGUGAAAAGAGUGGUCGUUACAGGUCAUUUAUCAUGAACCAGAUUAGAAAGGAAGCAAGCUUGGACUCUCAAGGACAAGGAUCAGUAUGUUCUUUGGGCAACUCCCGCCUCACGUUAGACUCUCGAGACACAGUGUUGUCUUUGAAGUCAGCUUCAUUUGACCAAGUGGAUGAAAGCAUCCAAGUAGACCUAUCAGCUGAUACCAUUACUUACGACUCGGAUGAUGAAAUGGUGAAAAGAAGGGUUAACAUCCUUCGCAAUAAGAAAGGCCACCCAAUCUACUCUCGGGAAGACAUAAGAGAGCAAUACUGUAUUAAUAGAAAAGAAGCAGAAGUUUUAGAAAAUGCACGCACGAGUCGAAUGUUCGGUUGUCUCAGAGGUCAACAAGAUACGUCGUGUAGUAGGUCUUCGUUCUUUUCCUGUAUGUCAAAGAAGAAGGCUUCCAGCGUUGAAAAUGUUAGUAAACCUUUAUACUUUUAUAGAAAGCAAGAAAGACAAAGUGAAACAGGUGGCGUAGAUAAAGGAAGCGCCCACGGUAAAGGUGAAGGAAAGAUGGUGUUAGCUAAUUCAGUAAACGAUGAAGAUGAUGAUGACAAUGAAGAGUUUGCUAAAGCUGGAUUUCGUAGAAGACCAAAAUCGUUCUGUGCUUAUGAUCCAAAAGUUCGUUUAGCUGGGAUUGAUAAGAGUUCUGAUGACCAAAGUGUUUGUGUAGCUACAACCAAACUAUUUUCUUCUUUUAGUGCGAUAAGUGCAAAUCAGAACACUGUUAACACUGAGUCUGCACAAAUAGAGCAAUCACGCGAUUCAAUGGUAGGAAAACAGGCUGAUACUAACUCAACUCCUAGUUUAACACCAGACAUAAUUAAAGAUUCUGAAACUGUAGAACCUAGUUUGGAAUGGAAAGCUUCUAAAGCAGACGAGCUGUCUCUGGAUGAACGUAGGCAAAAACAUGUUAGUUUUGAUUCGGCUUCUCUCAUGCGUAAUCAUACUGUUGCCAAAUUGGUACAGAGCGAAAGUGGUCCAUUAGCAACAUCAACGCCUUUAAGUCAACAAAAAUUAUCUUGUAUUACAAAAGAACAAAGUAGGUCUCAAGAACGACUGUUAGAUACACCACUAAAGAAAGCCCCACAAACAGAAGACUCUAUUGUGGAUAGCACCACACAUUACGAUUCAUACCCUGGGCUGGGUUCGUCAUCUUUGACAGGCAGUGUUAUUCAGCUUAGACCAAGAAGAGCCCCCACGAAGACACAGGCAACACAAACAGAUAAAUCAGCAGCCAAUCGAAUACGCAUUCCAGCAUAUCUCACUCUAUCUCCUCGAGCGUCCGUUCCUCUGAGGCAGAGACAUCGAGGAGUACAACACAGAGGAAUAAGUAAACUGACUAAAAGCCAAUCUUCCUACGGAAACUUAGGAAGUGAUGAAGAAAGUGACGAGGACGUCAUGGAAAUAGAUGUUUUAUCAAAACACCAUCGGUUUAUUCGUCCUUUGAGAGGAAGAACCAUCUCGAAACAACGUUCCAUUGAUCUCUCUUCGGAGGAAAUAAUAGUUUCAUUCAAACCGAAUUCUCCUAUAACCAGAGGGUUUUUAUCAAAAAAUGUUUCUUCUUCUAUUUCUAAUGCAGAAACAAAUAGUGAAAAGCGUUUCAUAGAGCCGACAAAUCAACAGAAAUUGUUAAGUCACUCUAGUGUGCAUAAUCAAACUCCAAGAGAACUUUCAAUUUCAUCUUCAGUGGGUGUGAUACGAAAGAAGAGGAUUCCUUUAUCCCGCUCUUUAGCAAAUGAUGGUGAAGAGUUUAUUAUAGACGUGUCCUCUUCCAGCGCAAAAAGUAAAGUUUCGAAAGAAAGAAAAGUACCAGUAAGACGGCAUUCAACUAUUGAGCAUGAACCUUCACAAAUUGUGAAUAACCCUACUUCUUUGUAUUCUAUUGAAAAAUCAAAUACUAUGGCUUCCUCAGCAACCAAAACCGGAAUAAGGUUUGAAAACUCUGUAUCAUAUAAUCCACAUCAAAAUAUCGAAGAAAAUUUCAGCCUAGCUAUAGAUGAUAUCCACUUCCUAAGAACAGAUACGGAAGGUUUUUCUGUGUUCAGUGAUGAAUCACCAACGAUGACAUCAGACGUAGUGCUAUAUGACAGAAAACCUAACCAACUACUUCAGACAAAGGCAUCUUCCAAGUCACCAAUAAAAGAAAGGUAUCCACCAGAUACUUUCGUAAGAAGAAUUGAUCAACAAGAGAUCUUAACCUCUCCAGAAAGUGAAUCAUCCAGCAGUCAUUUUACUGAACGUGAGACGUCUCAGAGUGAUGUGUCAACUAGUAGCUCGUACUGGCUAGCAAAAAAAGAAGUAUCUCUUAGGACCGAAACCGAAUGUGAAGAGGCAAGCGAAAGCUCUGAAUACAUGACGGCCAAUGAACACUCGAGCAGAGACAAAGGACUUGGCAUGAAUAAAAUGUUGUUUCAUAAGAAAAUUACAGAUUCAAACGAUAUUUGCCAAAACUCGUUUGAAAGUACAUCUUCAUCGGCUAGUGUUUUUGGUUCUCCCUCUUCACGAUUUAGUAACCAAAGAACAUCUAGCUCAUUUUCUCCGAAAGAAGUUCAAAAAGAAUUAACACCUCAGCAACCCGAUUGGAACUUUGAAAACAAACAUAACAAUUCUGAAGAAGAAAUUCCGUUAGAUGAAACAAUAAACGAAAACCUGGAUUCUUCAGAUGAUUCAACUAAGAAGGGUCUUCUAAGUUCUGACUCUGAACUUCAGGAGAUAACACAUACUUUGUGUAAAGUGGAAGUACAGUCAUUCUCUCAGAAAGAAAACGCCAAAGAAUUUCCACCAAAGCUAGAAUAUUCACCUGAUCACUCAAGUUUACUUGAAGCUACAACAGUCAUCGAAAAAAGUGAUGGCACUUCGGAAGAUUUAGUGGAAUCUUUGCAUGACUCACCUACUCACAAAUUUUUAGCUACUGGUGAUCAUGAAUUGUCUUACGAGGAACAUUCUAACAGAGAGAGUGCAGAAAAAAAUAAAUUUUCAGAUGAGAAACAAGUACUUCGUUUUCCAAAAGAACAAGUUUUUACUGUUACAGAAGUCUCAGAAACACUGUCAGAAUCUGAAAAAUAUUGUCGUUUUCCAAAAGAACAACUUUUUACUGUUACAGAAGUCUCAGAAACACUGUCAGAAUCUGAAAAAUAUUGUAUUAAAACAGAUGAAUUCAUACCGGUUACUAUUAAACACGAUAUAGAAAACAGUGAAAAAUCUUCUAGUUUAAAUCUACGAAAUCUCUCCACGACAACUGAAUAUUUUCAGUCAGAAACAACAACCCCAUCUUUCGACAGCACAACUUCUGGUAGCUGUUUUGUGGAUAACGUUUUCGAAACUGAUCCAGAAUGUUCACAUUCACAAGGCGAGGAAGGGGCAGUUGAAAGCGAAAAUCGGUUGAAUCUGGACAUUGAAGUAACCGAUCCUCCUCGAUCAUUUGAAGAUAAUGUAGAUCUUCAAGGGAUGGAGACUUCCAUUAACACUGAAAACCUAGAACAGCACUUAGAAAGAACAUCUUCGCCAAAACCAGAUGAUGUCAGCUCUGUAAGUUUAAAUAUGGAGAAAGACAUUAUUUCAAGCAGAACAACGAGUGUUACUGAAUCUGUCCUUGAAACAGACUCAAAAGAUUCUCCAGCAACUUCAGCAACUUCUUUUCGAAAAGAAAGUCAGGUUUCUGUUAAAAAGAAGAAUCCAGAUGUCGUUAGGAAAAAGGAUCGUUUCAGAGUAACAAUCAACACAACCGAACCUCAAGAAGAAACACGCCGAAACAAUCCACUUCGCAGGUCACACUCUUUAAACAGGGGAACUGACACUCUAGAGGAAUGUCCUCCUUUCUUUCUGUGUAGCCAUUGUGGAGAAAGAGUUAAAGAUCAGAACAGAAGUUUCUCCUCUUUUAGUGGUGACCGGCUUUAUUCCAAACAAAGGUGGGAUUUUCCACAGACCGCUGAUCCUUCUAUUUUAAGAAAACAACAGGAACGAGAUAGACAGAGAUUUACUGGAACAAAAGAUAUUUUUUCUUUUCCACAUUCCAGGCUGCAAAGAUGGUGUGAGGGGUCCACUGCCAUAGAUGAGGAUGUGCUUGAAGAGGACGAUGAAGAUAGAGGCCUUCAUCUGGAGGGUUAUCACCUGUCUCUAUGGAUUUUUGUUGGAGAAGAAGAGGAGUUAGCCGUGUGGAAACAACUUGUAGAUUCUAAUAAGGAAGCUCCAUUGGAUUCUGAGGCUGUUGCUUUGGUUACUAGACCAACAUUACAUAGAUCAGAAUCGAGUGAUUCUACGUCAUCAGAGCGUGAAUUUCGAAACCAGUACCAAUCAGUAACUCAUAGACUCAUACAUCGGAAAUCUAGCAUGGAAUUAUAUAAACGUCUGUCCACGCACACGCUUGAGGUUGAUAAGACGGUCACGGUGCAACGGAGCAAUGAUGAGUUCGGAUUUCGAAUCCACGGAAGUCGGCCUGUGGUGGUAUCAGCCAUUGAAAAGGGGACACCAGCAGAGAAUUGUGGUCUGGAAGUUGGUGAUAUCAUUAUUAGUAUUAAUGGAGUUAAAGUCUUAGACGCCUCACAUUCCGAAGUUGUGAAGACAGCACAUACAGGUUGUGAUACGCUCUGCUUAGAAAUUGCUCGUACCUGCCACCUUGUGGAGUCCGCAAACAAACACCACCACCAACAGCAACAGCUUUUAAUGGGGUAUCUCCAACGACUGAGCACUGGCGGGGGUGAGACCCGACGAUGGUGUAGACGAUGGUUCGUUUUGAAAUCUGAUAACUGUCUGUAUUGGUAUAAAACUCAAAAGGACUCUAUUCCUGUAGGAGCUUUACUAUUAAACAGCCACAUUAUCUGUCGAGUAUCUGACUCUGAAUCUCCUCAUUCCUUCAGAGUGUCUAAAAAAGGAGUUGGAGAUCUUUACCUUACAGCUGAUGAAGAAGAAACAGCAACAAGAUGGAUCAGUGCCUUAAAUCAAGUGGCUAGUUCAGCUUCUCAGGUGGAUCCUUUCCUAGAGGAUAGCAUUAAAAAUGUGUAUUGCUCACCAUUGUCAAUAGCAGUACCAGACUGUCACGGGUAUCUGGGACGGCUAGGUCGCCGAUGGAAAACUUGGAAACGGAGAUAUUUCGUUCUCAAAAACGCCUCGUUAUAUGUGUAUUUAGAUAGAUCGUCUCAAUCAGCGAUAGGAUUGUUUCAACUUCACGGAUACAAGUUUCAGACUUCCUCUGUCGUAGGUAAGAAACAUACUUUUGAAGCCAUCCCUCCAGAUCCACACCUCAGAAGUUUCUGUUUCGUCGCCGACACAGAAAACGACAAGAAAAGAUGGUUGGCAGCUCUGGAGUACUCCGUUGAUCGAUGGAUCAAAGUUGGCUAAGAACACGUGACUGACUAUAAUUAAACGAAUCAUCAGUGUGCAAUGUAACCUUAUAAGGAGUGAAGUCUAGAGUCGUCUUGCCCAUGACUGUGCAUCACUUUAUACUGAAAGGCGUCAAAAUUCACACUUAAUUAGCUACAGUACUCAUAUUUCGAAGACUUCGCUUAACUCUAGUUUUAUAACAUCAGCUGUGGAUCUACAGGGCAUUUUAAGUCUGCGUACGGCUGUACAUAGACGUUUUAAAUAGAAAAACUGGCUCUCAAAUCAGUGAACGAUCUCUAACAAUGAGAAGGAUGUUGGAGCGUUUCCUGUUUUAAAUAACUAUUUUCCCAUUUGCGAUAUAUAUUCAAUUAUCCAUAACUGCGGAAUUAUUCAAACUUCAAGCAGUUUAACAAAAAGUUUCUAUUUAAAACAAAUGCUUAACAAUAUCAGUAUUUGAAUGAAAUAUUUAGGUUAUUUCAUGUUAUAUUACUAGAAUCAAAGUUCAAACCGUUUCAAAUGAUAGUAAGUUGAAAACUCACUUUUUAGAUAGUUGCCAGUGGUUUUAGCAUCAAGAGAUGUGCAAAGCUUUUCGGAAGAAGAAAGUAGUCACCAAAGCUAAGAAUCGUUGUUUAAAAUGUGGCUUUUCUCUUAAGGAGUAAUUUACCCAAGAAAUGGCUCAAUUUUAAAUAAAUGAGAAAAACUUUUAAUAAUUUAUUUCAUAUCACCGAAAACGAAAUCGUGGCAUUUCGUACGUGUUUCUGAAUUCGAUUUACGUCUGGAGAAAUCGCAUGAACUUAAAUUAAUUGCACUUUGAAUAAUUAAAAUGUUUGGUUUAGCUAACAAAAUCUUUGCAUUCUAAACGCACAAUCUUUCUCCAUGUUCUCUUCGCUCACUUUUCCAACUUUAUCUCACACGCUAAAGCACCAGUAUAAACGUAGGCCAAUAAAUAGGAAUGUUUUUUUUUUUCUUACUGAAUUAAACAACGAACACAGAAAGGAGAUGUUUACAGAAAAGAUAAUUAUGUUUAAUUCACAGUCAAGUACUAUACUCUCUUGAUAUAAAUAUAGAUUUACUCUGGUGAGUAAAAGAAAACCAAGACACAAUACUAUUCUCUCGACGUUGGAACUAUUGUCUUCUUUCAAACCUUGGUCACUCUGGUUGCUUAUAUCCCUUUCCGAUAAAUAUACGUCAUGCCAUGUGACACUAUUUUUUGGUAAUGCCCGUAAUGCGUUUUCUUUUUAAUUAUUCUGUUAUAAAGUUGAAAACGUGACUUUCGAUUUUUAUAAAUAAUGGGAGAGCUGAGCUUACUUUUUGUUAAAGAACGAAGAUGCUUUAGUACAAGACAGAGAAUAUAUGGUAUUUAGUUACUGAUGCCUGAAUUUUAAACGUGCUUUGAAGUUUAAACAACAAACAAUUGAUAAAGUAUAAGGUACCCAUUAAAAAAGGUGAAUUAUAAGUAAAUUUGCUACAAUUUUUGGUGUGUUGGUUUAUCAUAAUUAAACAAUGCAUCUCAAAAUGAUGUGCCAACUACUUUAUCAAGAAAAUUAUGCUGUUAUUAAACUAUUUAAUUGCACAAAUUUCUUUUGAUUGUACAAACUGAAUAACAUUAAGUAAUUAUCCAGUAAGAUUUCUUUAGGAUAUUAAUACUCGCUUCCAGAAUUUGUGUUCUUCAUUUCAAACAGAGUGAUCUAGUACCUUGGUGGCAAACUGGACGUGAAUGGAAAGAGAAAAUAAGUCAAUUUAAAGCAACUCCAGUUAACGCUGUUUAUUAAGGUGGUUAGGAUGCUGUCAUUUUAUAUAUAUAUAUAGACAUUUUUUUCAUAUAUAAUACAGUAGUUAUUGUAUAUCAGUCAUAGUAAACACAAGAAAAUGACCUCUUUAGCACCUAGUCAGCUUGCUGAAUUGUGGUUCACGACCGUUCCCGGAAAGUAAAUAAGCCGAUCUUACCUUUAGGUCUAGUGAGUUUAUCUUGUGAUAUUUUUGGGUGAAGCGGUGAAACAAUCGUAGAAGCGAUAAUACUUGGACGGAGUUGUGCCAAAAUAAACACAAGCAUAUAUAUAUAUAUAUAUAUAUAUACACAUAGAUAAAUGAAUUUAUAAGUAUAUUUGAUCAAAACUUUAAUUUUAAUUUAAAAGUGCUCAUACAAACUAGUAAUAACUGAUUUGAUGUAGAAAUGAUUUUAAAAUUACUGGAUCUUAAGAUCUGAGAUAAAUAUAAGUUUCCUUUCAUUCUCUGCAUUUAAUUAUUCUUAAUAAAAAGCAACUCUAUUGUUUCCCUGUUAUCUAGACAAAUUUCAUGAAUAACCUUUUUCCCCCAGACACAGAUUCUACAGCUAAUAUACGUUACCACGUGAGAGAUCAAGACGAUUCAAAUGUAGAUAUAUAUAAGAUGUAUUAGAGUUUUUGUAUGUUAAGUAUGUGUUUUACGUAAAUUUGUCUGAUGAAUGUAAUAUUAUAGCAUGUGAGUCACAACUCAGCUCAGGAUUCUCUCCUUUAAUCAAUUUUCACAUUAAGUAUUAGUAAGUUCUAUAUACAACUGGAGUGCUUGCUUAGCGACAGAAGAAUGAGGCUGUCUUUUUGGAUUGAUUACGUCUGGUUUGAAUAGCAACGUUUACACUAAUGAUGACAUAUGUAAAAAAUACCAGUAAACGGUGUUUUUACUUUUUGUAUGUAUAGUAACUUGAUUUGCAUGCCGUUUUGGACACUACACACUCUAUUCGUAGAACGACAGUACCUCUGAAUAUGAGAGUGAAAAAAGAUGUCUUAUGAAAUCUUAGACAAGAGAGUGUUUCCAAAAAAAAAACAAUCCCGUAAAGUGUCAUAUUAGACAAAAAUGAAGUAUUAUGCUUGUUACACGUUAUUUAAAAGGAAUAUUUGAGUUAGUUCCUUCCUUACAGAAGUUUUGUAAUUAGAAUAUUAUCAUUAUACGCGUACCUGCAAUACACAUAGCAAAUGUUUCAUUGUUUUAAACGUUAGAAACUCUUUACAACACGUCUAAAUGUUUAACAAUAAGGCGUUUGUGUAACAACUCAGUUAAAAAUAUGAACCAUAAGUGAGAAAAGUAUGCGUCUUUUCAUGCAUAAUAAAUCGUCAACAAUAUCAUUUAUAAUAUAGAACAAUAUGCUGAGGUAGUGGGUGGUUUAGAAAAACAUGUGCACAUAAAUACAAUUGUAACAGAAGCAUCAAACGUUUCCAUAAAUAUUUUAAUAGAACAAUAUCGUAAACAUUAGACGUAAUCAUUACCAACAACACUUAUUCACAUACUGCCUGAGAUCUAACAAGAUAAGUCAAAUCCUCUAGUGAUAGGCUAUAUUCUUCCACUGCAUAAUACAAUAAGGUUUAUCGUUGUCUUUGAAGAUAAUCCAUUCAUAGUUCACUCACUCCACUGCGUAUAGGUUGUCGUUGUACUGUAAACCAGGCACAACUAAGCGAUAAAGUGGCGUCACUUUCUCGCAUUACCCAGCUUGCAAAUAAGCACUCCAGGUGUAUAUAUAGAGCUCGCUGGUUGAAAUGCUUGCAAGUCAUUAAGGAUUCGUUGUUUUUUGUUUCGUUUUCUUACAUCUAAACCAAAAUACUUGCUCUGUAUAUUUCUUCAGGUUGAUUUCAUGAUCUGUGAUAGAACAAGAUGGUGGUUAAAUUAUUUACCUUUUUUGAGUCAGAUUUCAGGGACACUGCUGCAUCAGAUUGAUCUUGUAUGUUAUGACUAUCGUAGUCCCUGUAGAUACUGUUUCCCUUUUAGCAUCGUAGAUCUGCCGAGAAUACGAGCCAUGGACUGAAGACGUUGUUUAAUGCAUAAGAUAAUGUUGAAUUCCACAUAAGUUUGCUAUUUUUUGUAGAUAAAAAAAUGCUGUUCUUCAACAAAGAAACAUAAGUAAAUAUAAUAGGUAUUUUCUUUCCACUGGUGAAUUAUAUCAAUGUUUAUCUGAAGAUCAUAUCAAGCAUGGAAAAUAGUUUUUAAUGCUUUCAUAUUUAAUAAACUCUCCUGAUCUUAUGUAUCAAUUAUUGUAGGAAACUCUGUAAUAAAACUUUACCAAAGCA